AUGUCUGAUUCGGAAGGCAGUAAUUACUCAGGAAGUGGUUCAGAGGCAGGAAGUGUAGCAUCACGGCGAUCGCGACGAAGUGCCGCGUCGAAUCGUUCAGUCCGCUCCCGCUCAGGCUCCCGGUCGAGAUCCGGCAGCCGCAGCAUAUCAAGGACUCCUUCCAGAUCUCGCUCCAGAUCUAAGUCACAUUCACGAUCUCGCUCUAGGAGCCAUUCUGCAGGAUCAGAUGCCAGUCGCAACAGAGAUGAUGAGGCUAAAGAAGCAUCUGGUGAUGAAGAAGUUGAGGAUGAACAAGAGCCAGAGGGAGAAGACUUAGUAGACUCUGAGGAAUAUGAAGAAGAUGAGGAGGAAGAAAGGCUGAGAAAGAAACGCAAAAAGGACAGCCGAUAUGGAGGAUUCAUUAUUGACGAGGCUGAGGUGGAUGAUGAGGUCGAUGAAGAUGAUGAAUGGGAAGAGGGGGCCCAGGAAAUGGGCAUUGUUGGAAAUGAGGUGGAUGAAAUUGGUCCCACAGCCCGAGAAAUCGAGGGUAGACGCAGAGGCACCAAUUUAUGGGAUUCACAGAAAGAAGAAGAGAUUGAAGAAUAUCUCAGAAACAAAUAUGCUGAUGAAUCAGCAGCACAUAGACAUUUUGGAGAAGGUGGAGAGGAAAUGUCUGAUGAAAUCACCCAACAAACUCUCUUACCAGGGAUAAAAGACCCCAACUUAUGGAUGGUCAAGUGCAGAAUAGGAGAAGAGAAGGCUACUGUUCUACUUCUCAUGAGAAAAUUCAUUGCUUAUCAGUUUUCUGAAGAACCAUUCCAGAUCAAAUCUGUUGUGGCCCCAGAAGGUGUGAAAGGAUACAUCUACAUUGAAGCUUACAAACAAACACAUGUUAAGAACAUUAUAAAUAAUGUUGGUACAUUGAGAAUGGGUAUCUGGAAGCAAGACAUGGUACCUAUUAAAGAAAUGACUGAUGUAUUAAGAGUAGUUAAGGAACAAUCUGGUCUAAAGCCAAAGCAAUGGGUGAGGCUCAAAAGAGGUCUGUACAAGGAUGAUAUUGCACAAGUGGACUAUGUAGACCUAGCUCAAAAUCAAGUGCAUCUAAAAUUAUUACCUAGAAUAGAUUAUACAAGGCUGCGAGGGGCUCUGAGAACUGUCCAAAGUGAAAGUGAGGCAGCUAAGAGGAAAAAGAAAAGACGCCCAGCAGCGAAACCUUUUGACCCUGAAGCUAUCCGAGCUAUCGGAGGAGAAGUCACAUCUGAUGGUGACUUCUUGAUAUUUGAAGGAAACAGAUAUUCUAGAAAAGGAUUUCUAUACAAAAAUUUCACAAUGUCUGCCAUUUUGGCUGAGGGUGUAAAGCCUACCUUGACUGAAUUAGAAAGAUUUGAAGAACAGCCAGAGGGCAUUGACAUAGAAUUAGCAGCACCAGCCAAAGAUGACCCAACUAGCUUACAUUCAUUUUCUAUGGGUGACAAUGUAGAAGUAUGCUCUGGUGACUUGGCCAACUUGCAGGCUAGGAUUAUAGCCAUAGAUGGGUCCAUGAUAACAGUGAUGCCAAAGCACGAUGCACUGAAGGAUCCUCUGGUGUUCAAACCAAAUGAGUUGCGGAAGUAUUUCAAGCAAGGUGACCAUGUGAAGGUGUUAGCAGGACGGUAUGAGGGUGACACUGGUUUGAUCGUGCGCGUGGAGCCACAUAGAGUGGUUCUUGUGUCAGAUCUGACUAUGCAUGAACUUGAAGUGUUGCCACGAGAUUUACAAUUAUGCUCCGAUAUGGCUACUGGUGUGGACUCUCUUGGGCAAUUCCAGUGGGGUGAUAUGGUCCAACUGGAUCCACAAACAGUCGGCGUGAUAGUUCGUCUUGAAAAAGAAAACUUCCAUGUCCUUGGAAUGCAGGGUAAAGUAAUUGAAUGCAAGCCACAAGCUUUGCAGAAACGACGCGAGAGCAGGUUCACUAUGGCUUUAGAUUCUGAACAGAAUACUAUUCAGAAACGCGACAUCGUGAAAGUUAUCGAUGGACCUCACGCUGGGCGUAAUGGUGAAAUCAAACAUCUGUACAGGAAUUUCGCGUUCUUGCAGUCUCGCAUGUACCUUGAUAAUGGUGGUAUAUUCGUAUGUAAGACGCGACACUUACAAUUAGCGGGCGGUAACAAGAAUUCUAAUGUGUCUACGGGUCUUUCUUUGGGAUUCAUGUCGCCAAGAAUUCAGUCGCCGAUGCAUCCUUCCGGCCGCGGCGGUAUGACACCGCGCGGUCGGGGCCGCGGGGGGCGCGGGGGCGGCGUCACACGCGACAGAGAGCUCAUCGGACAAACUAUCAAGAUCACAGGCGGACCUUACAAGGGGAAUGUCGGUAUCGUCAAGGACGCUACAGGCAGCACGGCCCGCGUGGAGCUCCACUCGGCGUGUCAGACUAUAUCUGUGGACCGCUCACACAUUGCGGGGGCCGGCGCCGGCGCAGCGCGCGGCGGGGCCUCGUUCUACACUCGGACUCCCGCCCGCACCCCGACACUGGGCGCGCAGACCCCCACGUACCGCGACACCGGCAUCAAGACCCCCAUGCACGGGUCCGCCACACCUAUAUACGACGUGGGCGGCCGCACCCCGCACUAUGGCUCGGCCACUCCGUCGCACGAGGGCGGCCGCACCCCGGCGCACGGCGCCUGGGACCCCACGGCGGCCAACACGCCAGCUCGCGCGCCAGACUUCGAGUACGGCGCGCUGGACGACGGGGACGCGGCGUACGCGGCUGGACCCUUCACUCCACAGACCCCGGGUACUAUGUACGGGUCAGACCACACGUACUCGCCGUACCGACCGAGUCCGUCCCCCGCGGGGUACACUGCCGGGUACCCUGCGACCCCGUCUCCGGGCGGAUACUCGCCUCGCUCACCAUAUGCAGCUGCUGAUACUGCAGCACCCGACUGGCAUACUACGGAAGUUGAGGUGCGGGUCCGCGCGGCGGCGGAGGACGACGCGCUGGCGGGGCAGUCGGGCGUGGUGCGCGGGCUGUCGGCCGGCAUGUGCGCGCUGUACUUGCCGCAGGAGGACCGCGUCGUCAACGUGCUGGCCGACCUACUCGAGCCCGUCGUGCCGCAGUCCGGGGAUAGGGUCAAGGUGAUUGCGGGCGAGGACCGCGAGGCUGUGGGUCAACUGAUCUCUAUAGAGAAUCAAGAAGGAGUAGUGAAGUUCGGUACAGAUGACAUCAAGAUCAUGCAGCUGCGUCAUCUCUGCAAGAUGAGCACUGCCUAG